AUGGAGUUCUCAACGGCGUCGUGGUCCUCCGAACUGGGAGUGGGAAAUUCAAUUUUCAAGGAUCAAUACGAGUUCAUGGACGUGUUUGAUGAAGAUUUGGUUGCUCUUCUUGGAGAAGAGACUCCCGACAUUUUGUUCCCAGAAAGUAAUCCCUUUUCUUCAUCUGUUAUUUCCAGAAGCAGCAGCAGCUCAACCAGUGACUUGUACCCUUCCUCGUACACCGAACCUAGUCAAAUGGCCAUUGAACAACCAUCUAAACAGAAAAAGCCUAACAAUUACAACUUUUGCAUGCCUACUUUUCAGCACCCCACUUCUUCCACUCCAGUUAUUCUCGAUUUUAGCAAUGUGAAUUCAACUCAAAGUCCUCAGCAAGUGAAUCUAAGGUCCUUGAAUCAAGAAGAAAAGACAGCAGUUUCUGAAACUUUUAGAAAUCCUCUAGCGGCUAGAAAAACCGCACGAACAACUAAGAAAACUAGUCGUAUUAGGCCGCCAUCUCAGACGUAUGAUCACAUAAUUGCAGAAAGAAAGCGGCGUGAGCAGCUUAGCCGGCUAUUUGUUGCUCUUUCAACAAUAGUUCCUGGCCUCAAGAAGAUGGAUAAAACCUCUAUACUUGGAGAUGCUAUUGACUAUCUGAAACACCUUCAAGAGCGCGUGAAUAGACUUGAGGAACAAGUAACAAAACAACCCCUAGAAUCUGUGAUUCUCAUCAAGAGAUCUGAGAUUUUAGUUGAAGAUGAGGGAUCUUCUUAUGAGAAGAACAGCUUCGACGAAAAGAUACUGCCAGAAAUAGAAGCUAGAGCGUGCAACAACCUCAUUCAUCUGAGGAUCAGCAUUAAGAAGCACAAAGGUUACCUGCAGAGAAUAUUAGAUGAAAUAGAGAGGCUCAAUCUCACUCUAGACAAUACUAAUGUCACUCCAUUCGGAAAUUUUGCCCUUGAUAUUUCCAUUACCGCAAAGCUAGAGAAAGACUCCGGACUGACCGUGAAAGAAAUUGUACAAACUCUUGGUUCCAUCCUUAAGCAUACACAAUAG